UAUGUUUAUGAGAAAACUUUCUGAACUGAUUAAUCAUUUUUUGAAUCAGAAUGUUGUGCUUGUAGAAUUGAUUUUUUGAAGUUCAACUUGAAAUUUUGCAUAGGAAGUAAUCAUCUUAGUAAGAAUAGUUUAUUGUCAAAGUUUUGAUUUGUUUCUUUCCUAAAAUAGAACACAUCAAAUCUACUACUAGAGUAUAUAAGCAAUGUAAAAAAUAUCUAUCAAGGUAGAGUAGAGUAAUGGUUAGAAAAUUUCUUCUUAGUCAGGAUACGACAAGAUUUGUGUUUUUCAUUAUAAAUUCCUCUUGUUGAAUUUCAUCUCUGUACUAAGUUUCUUAGGUGAACUAUGGCAUUUUGUUGUAAAAUGCAUUAAUAAUCUGAGAAUAUACAUUAUGUAUAUAGUCUCGAGUGAAGAAUGUUUAAUCAGUUCAGAAACUUUUCUGAUCAAUUUUUUUUUGAAUAAAAAAUAAUUUUAAUCAUAUUUUCUUAAGGGUCAAGCAGAAGCAGCUUUAACUAAAAUGUCAUUUGAACGUUUAUCAAUUUAUCGACCAGCAGUUUUAAUGGUUGAUCGUGUUGAAAGUAGACCAUUAGAAAGUUUAACACGAACAAUACUUAGUUAUACAGUUCAACGUAUAGCACCAGAAUGGAUAACAACACCUAUUGAUGUUUUAGCACGUGCAAUGUGUUUUAAUUCAUUUAUAAAAGAUCGAACCGGUGUUGAAAUUCUUGAUAAUCAUGCAAUAUUUCGUCUUUCUGAACAACAACAACAAUCAAAUUCGAAAACUGAUCAAUCAAAAGCUACAAAUGAACUAUAA